ACGUACGCGGACCCGCACGUGGUCCGAGGAUCGACGUCGCGCUUCGUGACUGUCGCGCUUCGAUAUCGCGCUGGCCGAAAUCGAUCGCGAAUAUCGUCUCGUCUCUUUCUCCCUGUCGAUCGCCCUGUCGGCCGCGAAAGAACGUCGUACGGGGAAGUCGACGGGGAAGGUAGCUCGUCGCCGGCCGCCCAAGGUCGGAAGGAAGUGUUCCUCUUCGUGGAGCGGAGUCGCAUCGAGACGCGACGACAUAGACUCGCGGUCGUGUCAUUCCUUCGAGUUAAUAUUUGCGCCCGCUGGUCUCGGGAAAGUAUGCGACAACCCCUGUGUGAAUGACAGACGCGUCGCCACGUUCAAGGCAGAGGGGCGAAAAAAUUUGCCGCGCGAGCAAUCACUGAGAAUUGAGUAAACGUCAUCUUACGAAGAGAUCCGCAUUGUUUCCAACGCAUCUCCGCAUCUCCUCGCUGACUUCGCAAGCUUUGUGCGUGAAUUUUAAUAUGAAUGCAUUACACGGGAGAUGCGCCUGUAGCGAGCACAGAGUGAACUAUUACAAAGUACUGUCGUUGGCGAGAAAUUGCAACAACAUGGAAAUAAAAAAUGCGUACCGACAAUGCGCCACACGAUACAAUCCCGCGCAGCAAAAGAACGAAGGUGCCGAGGCGAUUUUCGCCUUAGCAGCUGAAGCGUACGACGUGCUCUCGGAUCCUCUUAGAAGGGCCGUGUAUGAUCAAUACGGUGAGGAGGGUCUUAAAAAUGGUGUGCCGGGACCAGAAGUAUUUGCGCAACCUUACGUCUAUCACGGCGAGCCGAUGCGGACCUUCAGGGAGUUCUUCGUAAAUGAAAAUCCGUACGAAGAUCUCGCGAAUAUCCUGAAGGAGUCUCAACCCCUGUUGGAAUGUCCGGAAGGUCGGGGAAUAAGACGGAAGGAAAAACCCUGGAUCAAAACCUUGUCCCUAACUCUUUCGGAGGUCUUUUUCGGUGGGAUAAAAAAGAUGAAGGUCCAGAAGUUGGUCUUAGCUGGCGACGAUAUGUCGAUGACGGUGCCGACGGAGAAGAUCUUGACGAUACCCAUUAAGCCGGGAAUCCCAGCGGGUACCAGAAUAGUAUUUCCAGAAGAGGGUGAUCAAGGAGCCACGAAGAUACCCGCGGAUGUUAUCUUCGUCACGGAGGAUCGCCCUCACGAAACGUUUUGGCGAAAGGGCUCGGACUUGCACACAACGGUCGAUAUCUUUCUGAGGGAGGCGCUGACCGGAACAAUGAUCACGCUUAACACCAUCGACGACAGAACUCUUCGGAUCUUGAUAACGUCGAUUGUUACGCCAGAUUACACAAAGCGCGUUCGAGGCGAGGGUAUGCCGAUUCUUGUGAAUCCGCAACAGAGGGGCGACCUGAUUCUGCGAUUCAACAUCGAGUUCCCGGUUUAUCUGCCGUUGUCCAACAAGAACCACAUUAGGAAGGCCUUCGCGGAGUCUCGCACGAGCGUCGAGGAUGUCGAGUACAUUCAUCGCCUCGUGCUGGCCGAUAAAAUGUGCAGAAACAUCGACGACGACAUGCCGCUCCGACGUGGCGUGAACGACGAGGCGAAUCAAUUGAAAUUCAUAUGCGAAACGUAAUUUCGAGCGUAUCUCCCGAGCGUAC